CAUAUCACAAAAAAGUUUUAAUUGUACAAGUUUUAUAUAUUUUCAAAGGUGCUCUUUAUGCCUUCUAAGUGUUUUUAAAUAUUUGUAGUUUUACGAUUAUUAUUAAAUUGUGAAUGCGUGUGAAGUUUGUGUGAAAUGAAUGGAAUUUUCGUGGAUUCAGAACGGAACGCACAAAUGGCGGGAAAUAUUGACAGACAUUCAGCUGUCGACGUAGUCGGUGAAGUUAAAAGGGACCAGCGAUGGCAGCAAACAGACGGAGACAGACUAUCAGCCUACCCAAGCGGUGACCGCUCGACUCUGCUGCGCGCGCACGCAGCCAAGUCAGCGGAGUGCAGCCAAGGCUCGCCACGUCCUCGCCGCACGCCGCGCGAGUCGCGGCGCGUAUCGCUCGCGCAGGCGCCGGGCUACGUGCAGCUCAACCAGUACCGCCUGCUGGAGCCUAUUGGUCAGGGUUCAUACGGGAUCGUCAAGCUAGCAUAUAAUGAAGAGGAUGACACACAUUAUGCCAUGAAGAUCCUCUCAAAACGCAAGCUGAUGCGUCGGGCGGGCCUGUUCGGGCGCCCGCCGCCGCGCCGUCCCGGCCCGCCGCCCGACCCGCUGCAGAACGUUUACAGGGAGAUAGCUGUGCUCAAGAAGCUCGACCAUCCUAAUGUAGUUAAAUUAGUUGAGGUGUUAGACGACCCAGCAGAGGACCAAUUAUACUUAGUAUUCCAACUGCUGGAGGGGGGGCCGGUGAUCGACGUGCCCACUGACAGCCCCCUGAGCGAGGAACUGGCGAGGAAGUACUUUAGGGAUGCUCUCCUUGGGGUGGAGUAUUUACACUACCAGCGCAUAGCGCACCGGGACAUCAAACCCGCGAACCUCCUGUUGGGGGAGGGGCGAGUCCAAGUGGCCGACCUGGGCGCGUGCGGCGAGCUGGCGGGCGCGGGCAAGCUGUCGGGCGCCGUCGGCACGCCCGCCUUCCGCGCGCCUGAGUCCACUGUCGUCACUGACAAGUAUAUUGGCGAGGCAGCGGACAUCUGGUCCCUCGGGGUCACCCUCUAUGCCAUGGUAACGGGCCGGGUUCCGUGGACGGCCCCCAGUGCAGUAGAACUGCAGCGCCGCGUGUUAUCUGAACCAUUGUCCUUUCCUAGUAGACCACAACUGUCCAGGCCCUUGAAGAGACUGUUGGCUAGGAUGCUGGAUAAAGAUCCUGUUAAUAGAGCGACUAUGCGGGAGAUUAAGGAGCACGAAUGGAUAACCUCCUGCGGCAAGGAGGCCUUGCCCUCAGAGCAGGAGAACUGCCGCCUGGUGGAGGUCACUGACGAGGACAUGGCGCAGGUCGUCACUUCGAUUCCCAACCUCUCCACACUCAUACUUAUUAAAACUAUGCUCAAGAAACAUAGCUUUCAGAACCCAUUCGUCCGCAGUCGCGAAGGAUCUCGUCGCGAGUCGAGCGACUCGAGCGCGGGGCCGGCGAGCGCACGGGCUGCGUUGUGUAGAGCGGGACGAUCGCUCUCUGCGCCCGGGAAUUAUCUUACUGAUAAGCAAGUAUCCUUCGACAUCAACCUAGAUUCAGUAGAAGAAACCAAAGAGAAAUCAGAAGUCAAACAGACAGACAUAAAAACAAGUACCGACAGCAAAACAAGCGACAAAGAGAACGGUCAGCAAAACACGAGGCGGUGACCAAACCUGAAGAAAUAAACCUUAUUAUAUAAAAUAUUAUAAAGCUGAAGAGUUUGUUUGUUUGAACGCGCUAAUCUCGGGAACUACGGAUAGCUUAUUUCAGUGUGAAAUAACACGUUUAUUGAAGAAGGCUUUAUCGCGCUAAGACCAAUAGGAGCGGAGCAACGUAAACCCACGGGGCACAGAUAGUUAUAUAAUAAAUGAAUUAUUAUUAAUGGCAGUGUUUCUUUAUUGAAUAAAUGUAUCGUUGUUUUUA